AUGCAGGAGAUAGACAUAGGGUCGGCACAAGGAGACGAUUUCUGUGCCACUCAGAAUGGUACGGGGACUGAUGUGUUGCUGGAAGCGUAUUAUGACCUUGCAGAAUCCCUCAGUGUCGCGAUGAGGUUCAGGGAACAAAGUGGUGACGACGGAACUCCAGAAAGAGGCCCCAGUGUAAAUCAGUGGAUUAAGGACUCUUUGACUGAUAGUACCACUCAAAAAAAGGCAGCUAUAGAACAGUCACAACCAAGAGGUGUGUCGGAAGUCGAAUUGCCUACGAACCAGGGGCCAUUCGUUCUGAUUGGAGGCAGUGAAGUGGAUGGAGUCUCGCCUGAAAAGGUCAACUCAAGUAAGCACCCCCGUUCGUCAGUAGCUCACGACUCACAACACUUAUUAAAAGAGCCAAAUUUGGUGUCUCGUCGCCGGCGGCGCGAAAGCGAGUCAAGCAGAAGCAAGAGCUCGAAGGAGCCCCUCUGGACCAGUACAGACGAGGAAGAGUCGGAGAGCUGGACCGGCCAGCGAGUGCGAAUCAGGGAAACAGAGUCUGCACCUCGCAGGCAUAAGAGCAGCAACAGUAAAUCUUCGAAAAAGAAAGAACAACUUCAGGUAUUGCGAACAGUGCAGCUCCUUAACAUUCUCCUAAAGGAGCAAAACAGCCAUGUGCCCGCAGAUUCCGGCUCGAGGGAAAGGGCCAUCGAUCCAGCAAAGUUAGCCGUAUCUUACGAAAACGCGUUGAACAAGGUCAGCCAGAAGAGAACGGGAGCACAAGUGGAAGGCACCGAUGAUAGUAAAGGCGAAGAGGGACUCUCAUGGGCUGCGGCGUUGAUCCUGGCAAUUCCUCCAUCUAUUCUUGCAAUCCUGUUGGCGCAUCACAUUUCAAAACGCCACGCAGAGCAAAGGUGGCCAAAAGACGGGAGUGAAGAGGCUUUGGGUAAAGGGCGAUACUCAACCAUUGCACGCGAUGCAGACGUGGAUUCCGACGCUGAUUCUUCCUUUGAUGACGAGUUCAUGAGGCCAGAGGGAGAAGCCGAAUCUUUCGCCGAAUACAGACUUGAUCGUCCAAUCUUUUCUAGAAGACCUAAUCGCUUCCCGAAUGGCAGAUUUCCCUCGAGAAGGGGAACAUGGGUUCCGAAGUAUGAAAACCGGCAACCAGGUCUUUACCGUAGACGACGCGAUACACUAUCCUACAGACCCACCUUUGGAGAAGCAUUUGACGAGGCAUACAUUGACCCACCCUUUGGAAGUUACGCUGACAGGUAUGCAGCAGCCAAACCUUUAGCUCACGAGUUCACGGAGCCGGAAGAGCUGGAUGGCCAUUCCUGGGCUGCGGUCUUAGAUGGAAAUCGCCAGAGCGCCCAAGAGUUCAGCAUGCACGGAGGGCUCUAA